AUGGGUACAACGACUGCUCUCAACCUGACCGACAUGGAGGAAGCCAACGCGAUAGCUUCGAGCAUCGCCACCGCCUACAACGCUUCAGCAAGUGGUGCGAACCUCGUCGCUCAGCAACUUGGAAACGGCCUAUCGAGGCAAAUUACCCCUUCCUUCGAUGACAACAACUUCUCUCUCGCCCCUGCGGCCUUUGCCCUGGCAUCUGGCAUUGGAAACGCGACUGCAGUAGGGUUCGGUCUGACAGAGCAACGUUUCGCGCCUUCGUCGGAUUCGAGCAUUGAGGGUCUAGCUGGAAAUUUUGGUCUUGGGGUUGCAAUGCCGAUCGUAUCCAACAUUGACCUUCGAGCCACUAUCAAGAGUUUGGGAAAUAGUUCCGGUGUCUCGAGCUUCAUGCAGAAUCUUCCCAAGAUCGCGGCAGCAGCAGGGCUGGGCCUAGGAGAAGGCGCAAGAAACGGCUUGGGCUUGACAGCAUCAGAGCCAUCAGGAUCUGAGAAUCAGAAGCGACAAUCUGUGGAUCCCACAGCAGACACGAUAGACUUUCCGAGAACCGUAAAGCAUUUCGCCAGAGGCCUUAGCCAGUCAUUCAUUCAGGGCAGCAACUUCUCAAAUCUAGACAUCGGGUCUAUGACGGCCUUCCCCAACACGACCGAGCUCCAGGCCAUGCUCCGACCUAUGGCUGCGGGAGCUGGUGCGGGUAUAGGCAUGGGGAUUGCCAUCGGAUUGAACUUCAAAGCAGUGGAUGCUCCGCCAAUGAUCGCUAGUAAUAUUGACAGCGACAACGAACAAACGGCCUUGGCUGCGGAAGGUUUCACGCAAAACCUUUUUUCCAACCUGCUCAUUAACGGUACCGCCAUUCAACAAGCGAAAUCGUUCAUCGCGAACAACCCACCUCAAGCAUUGCAGGGUAUCGAUGGUGCGAAGGCAGCGGAAGGCCUCGCUAGAGGUACCAUCGAAGGCGUUGUGAGCGCGAUGUAUUCUGUCGGAGGAGUCAAGAACUUGAUCAGUGGCGAUCUUCCGGAUACGGCAUACGACAAUGUGCCAGUUUUGGCACCGACACAGUUUAACGAUACGCUAAACGGCUCGGCUGUUGGCUUUGCGCGAGGGCUUACAGGCAAAGCGACGAUACUGGUUGCGGAGAUCGUCAGAAACCUCACUCAGGGCAUGUCAAAGUCUGAUGUGGCUCCUCCAUCACGUCGAAGCAUUGUCGGAGAGUUCCACGAGGAUUCCAGUGUAGCUAUCGACCCCGCCACAGCGCAGAAAGGCGCACAGAAAUUGGUCGAUACUCUCACAUGCCAGGGAAUCGGCGGCAUCGCGUCCGCAGCUUUUGGUGCUAUGGCCGCGGCCAAAGCGAACGCUACUAUGAUGGGCAAAGCGAUGGGCCAACUCGGUCAGACUCUCGACCCAACGGUAUUGCAAGCACUGCCCCGAGGACCUAUUACAGUCUUAUCAGAAGGAAACAUGUUCGAGAUUAUCAUCGAAAGCCAGAGUGUGAAGAUCAAUGGCCUGGCGCUGGUCCCAUUUGCAGUCAUUACAGGACUACACGUCCUGUUCGCUGGUCUCGCAUUUCUUACCUUCCUUCCAUUAUACCUUGUCUUGGGUGUAGUCUGGCGGUUCUCCGUCCUGACCGGCUUCCCAGUGGAUGAAGCCAAGAACAGGAAAUGGCGUAUGGGCUUUUUGAUCACGUUCGCCAUUCUAGGCAUCACUGGUAUAAUCCUAGGCAUGGUCGGUAUGGGAAGCUCUCGUCAUUUCCGCGACACACAUGGCAUCAUGGGCCUCAUUUGUCUCAUAUUCCUUUUCCCAGCAGUGGGAUUCUCCAUCGUUCGUCUUCGUACAGAGAUUCCACAUCCCUCACCCGCAGCAUUCGCCGGAAUUAAAGGCCCUAUCGCGGUUGCGAAGACACCGCAACGCAUCUACCUCGUCAGUGGUAUCAGUACCCAGCUACUAUUGGGGCUAGGCCAAUUCGCCUUCUUGCAGGGUUUCGCCACACUGCGUGCCAUAUCACUUUGCGUCGCCGACGCGGUGCUGACCUCAGCGAGCGUUUCUGGUCUCGUGAGUAUUGUCUUGAUGAUACAAAUCAGUGCCACGGCAUUAGUCGGCAUUCGGGCCUGGUUGGAACAACACAUUGCCAAGGAAGAGGCAGCCGGCAUGACUCGAACAACGACUGUUGGUUCUAGUGGGCUCAAACGAAGCGACACGAUGGCUACGUUCGGUUUCGAUAGGAAAGAUCCGCUAUCGGUUUCCAGAUUGAUCACCACCAAACCCAAACUCACACAACGAAAGACGGAAGAGCUCAAAGGCUCCGAAGACAGUGGUAUCGGCACUCCAUUCAACUUCAGGAAAGAAGGAAGCAUCAACGAAGCUGAAGCACAAGACGACAACUUCCUCUCACCCGAAGAGCGGAUCAACUACCAGGAGCGCGGCAUCUACAACCCCAAAACCGGAGGCUAUACAUACCCAGUUCAGAGAUUUGUGGCCUCCACCUAUGCCGGCGAGUUUGUAUAUGACGACGAGGACGCAGAAGACUGUUAG